AUGCGGAUAUGCCUACUAGUAUUUGUUAUCAAUUAUUUAUUGAAUGCAGAAGCCUUAGUGUUGCGACAUGAAUAUGAGUUAAAGCAUGAAGAACAAAUACAAAAGAAAUUAGCAGGACCUUGUGGUAGUACAUUGGCGAUAUUUCAAGCAGGUUGCUGUGCGUAUCUUUUCAAAAGCCUAUUGCCACAGAAGUGGACUUUCAAAAGUAUUAUCUCAACUAUGACGAAAUUUGAUGUGACCAUCGUCGGUUCGCUGAACAUUGAUCUAUCUCUGUAUACACAGGUUAUUCCAAAACUUGGAGAGACAGUAACUGGGUCAAGUUUCCUCCUCGGUUACGGAGGGAAAGGAGCAAAUCAAUGUGUGGCCUCGAAACUAUUGGGAUGUAACACAGCACUUGUUGGAAACGUUGGUGUAGACUACUUUGGAGAUAUUUAUCUUGAACAUUUAAAGCAAUUUGGUAUAAACACUGAUGGCGUAACAAAAUCUCCCGAAUGCAGUACUGGUGUUGCAUCAAUUACUGUUGAUACGGGAACAGGUGAAAAUCAGAUAAUUAUUGUCCCUGGUGCAAAUAUGCUUAUAACAGAUAGUGAUAUUAAUCGUGCAGAUCAACAGUACAUGAUUUUUAAUACAAAAGUGAUAAUAUGUCAGUUCGAAAUUAAUCCUGUGGCAACACUUCAUAGUUUACGAUUUGGCCGAACUAAUGGAGUGAAAACAAUUCUUAAUCCUGCACCUGCUCCAGUACCAUCUGAAGACAAUGAAUUGGGAAAUUAUGAAUUACUAGAUAUGAUUUUGUCAAAUUCAGAUUUUGUAUGCCUAAACGAAUGCGAAUUCUGUUCUAUAACUGGAUCUGAUCUUGAAUCACUUCCUCCUGAAAAUGAGCAGAUCACUUCAUCAAAUGUACAUACCUUCAUCCCUGGUCUCAUCUAUCUUAUUGAGAAAAAAGUCAGGUGGCCGAUAGUAACACUAGGAAGUAAAGGAGCUAUCGCUGUUCUUUCUGCACAAGAUAUGAUGGGUAUGCAAAACAACGAUGUAAGCGUAGUGGCACAUGUAUCUUUAGGAAAUGAAGAAAAGUUGAUCGUACACUUGGCAGCUCCCAAAAUUGAUGAUGUCACUGAUACAACAGGUGCUGGUGAUUGCUUUGUUGGCUCUUUGGCAUACUUUGUUGCAUGUCAUGAGAACAUUACAACUGCAGAACAAAUCAGAAGAUCUAUAUGGCUUGCUAGUCAAUCAAUUCGUAAAAAAGGGACACAAUCAAGUUACUCAAAACGCGAGGAGCUUCCAAGUACAAUUUUUGCACCAGGAACAUUCCAAUGGCCAUAAAAAGACUCUUCUCAUCAUGAGAACUCAGUUGACUGUUUUUUUUUUAAAUUGCUAGUUGAUUGUUAUAACCCCCACCAAAUUAAUGAAA